GUCUCAGAUACUGUGGUGGAACCAUACAACGCAACGCUUUCCGUACAUCAGCUGGUAGAAAACACAGACGAGUCCUACUGCAUUGACAACGAGGCACUGUACGACAUUUGCUUCCGUACCCUGAAACUGACCAAUCCUACUUAUGGGGACUUAAAUCACUUGGUCAGCGCCACCAUGUCUGGAGUGACUACUUGCCUUCGUUUUCCCGGUCAACUGAACGCGGAUUUGCGCAAACUGGCUGUGAAUAUGGUCCCAUUCCCUCGAUUGCACUUUUUCAUGCCAGGAUUCGCUCCGCUCACAAGCCGUGGAAGUCAACAAUACCGUGCACUGAGUGUGCCGGAAUUGACUCAACAGAUGUUUGACGCGAAAAACAUGAUGGCCGCGUGUGAUCCGCGUCACGGACGUUACCUGACAGUGGCAGCCAUUUUCCGUGGUCGAAUGUCAAUGAAAGAGGUGGACGAACAGAUGCUAAGCGUGCAGAACAAGAAUUCCAGUUAUUUUGUCGAAUGGAUACCGAAUAAUGUAAAAACAGCCGUAUGUGACAUCCCACCCCGUGGCUUAAAAAUGUCUUCCACAUUCAUUGGAAACAGCACUGCCAUUCAGGAACUGUUUAAACGCGUUUCGGAGCAAUUUACAGCCAUGUUCCGUCGUAAAGCUUUCUUGCACUGGUACACGGGUGAAGGUAUGGACGAGAUGGAAUUCACUGAAGCCGAGUCGAAUAUGAACGAUUUGGUUAGCGAAUACCAACAGUAUCAGGAAGCCUCAGCAGAAGAGGAUGGUGAAUUUGCGGAAGAAUUGGAUGAAGCCUAA